CAGACAGUCGCUGCCAACCGGGACGGGCGCACACUCGCUUCUCCAGUGUGGGGGGACCGGCGGCCACUCAGCCGGCCAUGAGGGGCACGCCCCUGCUCCUCGUCUCUCUGCUCGCUCUGCUUCAGUUCGGGGACUGCCGCCUGGCCAAUGCAGAGGAGAAGCUGAUGGAUGACCUCCUGAACAAAACCCGCUACAACAACCUGAUCCGCCCAGCCACCAGCUCCUCUCAGCUCAUCUCCAUCCGCCUGGAGCUAUUACUGUCCCAGCUCAUCAGUGUGAACGAGCGAGAACAGAUCAUGACCACCAACAUCUGGCUGAAACAGGAAUGGACUGACUACCGCCUGGCCUGGAACAGCUCCUGCUAUGAAGGGGUGAACAUUCUGAGGAUCCCUGCGAAGCGUGUCUGGUUGCCUGACAUCGUGCUGUACAACAACGCCGACGGGACCUACGAGGUGUCUGUGUACACCAACGUCAUUGUGCGCUCCAACGGCAGCAUCGAGUGGCUGCCCCCCGCCAUCUACAAGAGCGCCUGCAAGAUUGAGGUGAAGCACUUUCCCUUCGACCAGCAGAACUGCACCCUCAAGUUUCGCUCCUGGACCUACGACCACACGGAGAUCGACAUGGUCCUUAAGUCACCCACAGCCAUCAUGGAUGACUUCACCCCCAGCGGCGAAUGGGACAUUGUAGCCCUCCCGGGACGAAGGACGGUGAACCCACAGGACCCCAGCUACGUGGACGUGACCUAUGACUUCAUCAUCAAGCGCAAGCCGCUCUUCUACACCAUCAACCUCAUCAUCCCCUGCGUGCUCAUCACCUCGCUGGCCAUCCUGGUCUUCUACCUGCCCUCCGACUGCGGCGAGAAGAUGACGCUCUGCAUCUCCGUGCUGCUGGCGCUCACCUUCUUCCUGCUGCUCAUCUCCAAGAUCGUGCCUCCCACCUCUCUCGACAUACCACUCAUCGGCAAGUACCUCCUGUUCACCAUGGUGCUGGUCACCUUUUCCAUCGUCACCACCGUGUGCGUGCUCAACGUGCACCACCGCUCACCCAGCACUCACACCAUGGCGGCCUGGGUCAAGGAGUGCUUCCUGAACAAGCUGCCCACUUUCCUCUUCAUGAAGCGCCCGGGGCUCGAAGGCAGCCCGGCCGGGGGACCUCACCCCAGCCAGCCGCACCUGACCAUGGCCGAGGCUGCAGCCACCUCUGCCUUAGGCCCCACCAGCCCAUCCAACCUCUAUGGACAUUCCAUGUACUUUGUGAACCCUGUCCCCGCAGCUUCUAAGUCUGCAGCCAGCCCCCACUCGGCGGGCCUCCCCAGGGAUGCCCGGCUGAGGUCCUCUGGGAGGUUCCGGCAGGACCUGCGGGAAGCUUUGGAGGGUGUCACCUUCAUCGCCCAGCACCUGAAGAGUGACAACCAGGAUCAGAGUGUCAUCGAGGACUGGAAAUUCGUCGCCAUGGUGGUCGACCGCCUGUUCCUGUGGGUGUUCGUGUUUGUGUGCAUUCUCGGCACCUUGGGGCUCUUCCUACCUCCUCUCUUCCAGGUCCAUGUGCCUUCCAAGGGCUCCUAGGCUACCCAGCAUGCCACGGGCUCCUGGGUGGUAGUGAGAUGAUAUGAGCAGCCACGUGGGCAGUUUACUGCUUCCUCUGGGUCACAGCCAGCGAGGCCCUAAGUAAAGAUGUGACCGUUAUCAGUCAACCUAGCAAACCAGCCACAGCCAUGAGAUGACAGAGAGAGAGGUGGCUUGCACUUCUGAACGCCUUCAAGGAAGCCCCUGAAGGGAGAGGGAGGAUCAAGCUGCCAAAGCCCAGCCUGGUCUCCUUCUUCCCGUGUGCCAGGCACUGGAGUCAGUCAUACAAGCAGCACCUGCUGUGCUGUAUAUCAUGCCAUCACACCCCAGCCUGCCUUUCCAUCAUCUCCCUCCAACCCCAGCUACCCACUAGAUUCCUGGGUCUUCUUUCAUUUCUCCACACUUGCAGAGUCUCCCAGAUUCUCUUUAUCUCUGCUGUAGCUCCUGCCCAAACCUCAGAGUCUUCCCAAGCGUUUCACAUAGCUGCACUAAUCAGGGCUCUACUCCCGAGAUCCUCUGCUCCAAUGUUACUUCCCCGUAGAGGCCUUCCCUCAUCACGUUCCGUAACCGCAUUAAACCUCCAGCUUCCUUGAGUGCUCCCCGUCAGCACCCGCCAUUCUUAGUGAGUGCUCCCCGUCAGUACCCGCCAUUCUUAGUGAGUGCUCCCCAUCAGCACCCGCCAUUCUUAGUGAGUGCUCCCCGUCAGCACCCGCCAUUCUCAGUUGGCAGCACACCAGUCACCGCACCUUGCCCGUGGGAGUGUGUGCUCCACAGGGCUGGGGUGUGUGAGUUCACAUUCACUCUAGAGCGUGGGGCAGAGCUCUGAGCUCAGAAGUUGCAAAAUAAAUGUUUGUUGAAUGGAGGGCUCCUACUCUCCCUCAGACACACGUGUGCCCUCUGAGGAGCUGUCCUUGGUCCCCAACCUCUAGACAGCGUGGACUUCUCUGGGGCACCACAACUCUGGCGGCUUUCUGCCUUCAGGUCGUGGUCGGUCUGGGCCUGUCUCUUUCACACACACUGAUUCAUUGCUCUCAAGAACCUGCCCCAUUGCUGACACUCAAGAUAUUUCUGCAAUUACGGAGAAUACUUAACUUUUAAAAAAACGUUAUUCUGUGUGUAUGGCUGCUUGGCCUUCUCUUUGUGGGUGCACCGCGUGCAUGCCUGGAACCCUCAGAGGCCAGGAAAGGGCACUGGAGUCCCUGCAGUGACAGACGUGAGCCCCCAUGUAUAUGGUGGGAAGCAAACCUGGGUCCCCUGGAAGAGCAGCCAGUGCUCUUGACUGCUGAGUCUCCAGCCCCUGAAGGAGAAUAUUUUAAAGAACUUUGUUUUUAAAUUUAUCAUACAAUAAAGUUGACUUUUUUAAGACUUCAACAUAAGCAUACAUGUGUAGAAGCAUCAUUGACACCAGGACAGGCGAAAGAUGUGUCACGCAGACUGUGCUAUUCUGAAUAGCCCCAUUCCCGCACACCUAGUCCUGGCCGCCCCUUAGCUCUUUGCCACUCCAGCUGAGCAUGCUCAAGCCUGGGUCCUGCAUGGAGGAAGCCUACAGGGCAGAACUCUUUCAGCCGAGGGGAGGCACCUGCCUCUCAAGUCUGCACGAACCCUGGAACCCUUUUAAAGAUGUAAGGAGACAACUGGUUCCAUAAAGUCGCCCUCCGGCUUUCAUGUGUGCUUGUGCACACACACAAUAAACAGAAAUCUCUUUCUAAUGAAAACGUUUAUUGAAGUAUAACUUGAACUCAUUUUUGCAGUGGGCAGUUCCGUGAGUUUAGGUUCAUUCACCACCACGCCACGAUCCAGCUUGGCACUGUUCCAUCAUCCUUACAAGAUCCCUAAAAGCCAUCAUGGAAGCCUCCAAGGGUCAAGCCAUCCCCAGUGGGUGGCCAGAGAGGUCAAGGGACCCGGAAUGCUGUCACUGCCUUUUCCCAAGACAAACAGUCGUGAAGAUGUCAGAGAGACAAUGGAGGGAUUGCAAGGGUCAGUGUGGGAAGCCAGAGACUGUAAUUGUUUCAGCCUUAUUUAUUGUGUUUAUUUACUGUGCUGGGCAUGAAAACACGGCCCUUGGGUCCGCCAGGCAGGCCCUCCACUGCUGAGCUGUACUCGCCCGGACUGCUCUGUUUUUUUAAGGAGCAUUUCUAG